AUGCCUCGUCGGUUUAGCAGCAACUCCUCGAACGACACCUCUUCCAACUCGCCGUCCUUUUCGCCUUCCUCGGGAAGGGGCGGUAUCACCAUCAAGGCACCCUCGGUCAAGUCCCAUCGCCUGUCCCAGCUCUUCUCGGUCUCGCCCAAGUCCAAGGCCGAUACCCAACCAACACAGACUGCGACCCAGUUGACCGGUGGGAACAACCCUAACAAUUCCUCUCCGCCGAUCAGCUCGGCAUUACUGUCCUUACCAACGAUCUCCCUGUCGACUGCCACGGCGGACAAUCCUGCUAUGGACGAAAAAAUGCCGACCACACUCUUUCAGCCUCCGACGCCUGAGGAGGCUCGCCGGCAGGCCAAACAACAUGCUCAAUUCGGCCCCAUCGGUCACCCCAGCCAUCGGUACUCCAGUCGGCAUCCUGGCGGUGUCUUCCCAGAGCCGGUGAUGGACGAGCCGCCGUAUUAUUAUUUGCUUACCACCUACAUCAGCUACCUAAUCCUAAUUGCUUUCGGACAUGUCCGUGAUUUCUUUGGAAAGCGCUUCCGUGAAGAGAACUACCGACACUUGAAACCCCGCAAUGGCUACGGUGCCCUCAACAGCGAUUUCGACAACUUCUACGUGCGUCGUCUCAAACUGCGCAUCAACGAUUGUUUUGAGCGCCCCGUGACUGGCGUUCCUGGACGCACCAUUACUCUGAUUGACCGAGCUACCAAUGACCACAACAACCACUUCUACCUGACUGGCACCACCACCGAUACUCUGAACCUGAGCUCCUAUAACUAUCUUGGGUUUGCCCAGUCGGAGGGUCCCUGUGCGGACAUUGCGGAAGAUACGGUUCGGAAGUACGGAAUUGCCACUCCUAGCACCCGCGCGGAGACUGGCACUCAGGAUCUCCAUGUUGAAGUCGAGGACCUAAUUGCUCGGUUCGUUGGCAAGGAGGCAUCCAUGGUCUUCUCCAUGGGCUUCGGUACCAAUGCCAAUAUUUUCCCCGCUCUGGUCGGCAAGGGCGAUCUCCUGAUCUCCGACGAACUGAACCACGCUUCGAUCCGCUUUGGCGCUCGUCUCUCCGGAGCAUCGAUUGCAAUGUUCAAGCACAAUGACAUGAAUGAUCUGGAACUGAAGCUUCGUGAGGCCAUCUCUCAAGGCCAGCCCCGCACCCAUCGCCCUUGGAAGAAAAUUCUGGUGGUUGUGGAAGGUCUCUACUCUAUGGAGGGAUCCAUGUGCAACCUUCCCGGUCUGGUCGCCCUGAAGCAUCGUUACAAGUUCAACCUUUUCGUCGAUGAGGCCCAUUCCGUCGGUGCCAUUGGUCCCGCUGGACGUGGUGUCUGCGAUUACUUUAGCAUUGAUACCGCUGAGGUCGAUGUUCUGAUGGGUACUCUGACCAAGUCAUUUGGCGCAAACGGUGGAUACAUUGCCGCGGACAAGGUGAUGAUUGACAAGCUCCGGGCCACCAACUCGGGUAUCUUCUAUGGCGAGGCUCCCGCACCCGCGGUCCUCAUGCAGAUCUCUUCCGCUCUUCGCAUCAUCAACGGCGAGCUCGUUCCUGGCCAGGGUGAGGAGCGUCUGCAGCGAUUGGCCUUCAAUUCCCGAUACCUCCGUCUUGGAUUGAAGCGUCUUGGCUUUAUAGUAUACGGUCAUGAUGACUCACCCAUCAUCCCUGUCCUGCUCUUUAACCCGGCUAAGAUGCCUGCCUUCUCGCACGAGAUGCUGCGGCGCAAGAUCUCGGUUGUGGUUGUUGGCUACCCAGCUACGCCACUGGUCUCUUCUCGCGCUCGUUUCUGCGUUUCGGCAGCUCAUACCAAGGACGAUCUCGACCGUGUUCUAUCCGCCUGUGAUGAAAUUGGCAAUGUCCUUCAACUGAAGUUCUCGACCGGUAUUGCUGGUGGAGCUUUGCCACCCGCGGAGGAGAUGGCUCCCCCUCCAGAGAUGGAGAAGGAGUGGCACCGCAAGCGCACUGCUAAUCUCACUCCUCCCCGUUGGCGGCUCGAGGACGUCAUUCGUCGCGGAGUACAAGAUGUCAAAUCCCCCUUGUAUUAG